AUGGUAUCAUUCUUCCAAGAUCUAAUGAAGUGCAUUGCUUCAUUAAAAACAGAGCAAAAUCAGAGAGCUGUAAACACAAUUUGCAAAACUCCACUUACCAGUUAUCGGACAGAGUCCCACAAAGAGUAUGGAAAACUGCUUACACCAUUUUCCUAUUCAUAUGUGAAGAAGGAACUUGACAAAGCAGAACAGGCUGAGGUAUUGAUGCUGGACGGUGGCAGUGUGCGUAUCAAAAUUGGCCAAACUGAAACUGAACUUGCAGAAAAUAAUUGUAAAUGUACAUUUUUCACUUCAAUGAAACUGCCCUGUAGGCAUAUCAUUGCAAGUAAGAAACAUGCUGGCAAAAGCUUAUAUGAUGAGACUUUGUGUGCUGACAGAUGGCAAAUUAGACACUACAAGAAAAGUCAUAGAGUACUCAACCCCUCCACAGGAAAUCCUUUGUCUGAAGAUCACUCAUUGUUGGAGCUAUUGUAUCAGUUUUGAAGAGCUGCAAUAAACGUACCAUGACAGAGCAAGAGAAAUAUAGAGAGGCUUUCAAGUAGGGAUGAGCCGAUAAGGAAAAUUGCCGAUUACUGAGGCGGAUUAUUUAUAAGCCGAUUAUCGUAACUAAUCGACCGAUUAAUCGGUACCCGCCGAUUAUUUUAAAAAGCAAGCAAAAAAUCGCAAGAUGACCAACAAUGAAGUUGUAAAUGCGGUUUUAAUGUUUACAAUACACAUUAUGUACAAUUGAAAACAGCUUCAAUCGUGCAUGUCAAUAGUCAAAGUUUAGUUUUGGCAGACUAUGGUGUAAAAACAGGAUAUUUCGGGUAUGCGGAGCUAGUCUGCUGCGUUUUUCAGUGGAAAUGUUCCCAGCUUCACUUCGCUCGAGACAAAAGACACAGGUUUUGCAACAAAAUGUGAAAAUCUAUUCGCUUGUAUUCCGGCAGUAUUUUAGCAUGUGCUUGGCAGCUGCAGAAAAAGUCUUGGCCAAUUACCGAUUAUUUAAAAAAUCGGCCAAUUACCGAUUAUUUAAAAAACGGCCGAAUAUUUACCGAUUAAUCGGUUCAUCCCUACUUUCAAAACUUUGCAAGGUGUUGCCGAGCAAAUGUCACAUUUUGGAACUGACGAUUUCCUCGCUAACAUGGAAACAUUGAAAAGAUUACAAACACAACUAGCUGCCGGAAGGAGAAUUGCGCUAAAAGAUGAUGCUGCCCAACAAGGUUGGUCACUAGCAUGUAUAAUUUCAUUUGUUUGUAAUUUUAUAUAUCUGGACUGUAUUACUGUAUUUCAUUUGACAGUAAAUAACCUAGUGACCAACCAAACAACCAACCAACCAACCAUAGAUUUAUAUUAUGGCCCGCCCUAACUCCAUUGUGAUUUCUAAAUGUUCUCUUAUGUAGAAUGUGUAAGUGUAUGCACACAAACAGACUGUGUUCUGGUCCAGGAAAGUCCCACAGUGCUCCCUCAUGAUGAAGACAAUGGGAACAAGUUGCACCAGAAGAAAUCCUCAAAUAAAUCAAGCUCUGAAGGUAUACUGAAAAACAUUGUGGUAUAUAUCAUGUUAUUAGCAGGGAUCAAUAUAACACGAAAUAUAUUUUACGAAAGAAAUUUCACCACCAUAAUUGGAAUGUUAUUGUUUUGUUUUCCUGUAGAGUGCAAUUAAUGAUUUAUUGCACUCCUCUUAGCGAAUCAGAUCGCAUUAAUUUUGCCAUGUAUAGAAUAACUUAUAAGUAUCCCAUACUCAGUCUUUGAUUUAUUUUUAUAGAAGACAAGAAAAAAGACACCCAGACCCCAAUUACAAUGCCGCCAAGAAUGUUGAAGAGAGGGCGGCCUAAAGGUGCUGGUUUGACUGUCAUUGGUCUUCCCAAAAAGAGAAAGGUUACAGGUGCAAUACCAUUCAUUAAAAAGUCACCUACCGAAAAAGAAAGAGGUAAAUUGAAGGUUUUAAUGUAUAAUUAUACUAUAAUCUUAAUGCUUAAGCUUAAAGAAGUGGUCCAGUCUAUUUGUUCGCGAAAGCUUUGUUUACAUUUUUUCUAUCAAAAUAAUGGACUUUAUUAAACCUAUAUGGAAAAUCUAUAGCCAAAUACAGCCAACCAGAUGACCACUUGUCAAUGCAAUUCUCAUACAUUUCAAGAUGCUAAUUAUAGUUCUUAUCAAUCUUUUAGUGUUGUUGAACUGCUUUCUUGAAAGGAAAGAAGUAGAAUCUGCUCUCCGUGGAGCAUUAGCAGAAGAAGAGAUGGUUGAAGUUCGCCCAGUAUUGGAUUUGUCGAACCUGCCAUUCGGAGAACACUGGACAUAA